ACUAUAAAACUUUUAGUAAAAAAAAAAAAAGGACAAAUUCUUUGGUAUCUAGAGUUAGACAAAGAGUUCUUGACACCAAAACCAUGACUUAGAGAGGAAAAAAUGGAUAAAUUGGACUUCAUCGAAAUUUAAAACUUUUGCUCUGAGAGACACCAAGAGAUGAAAAGACAAGUUACAAUGUGGGAGAAAAUACUUGCAAAGCACAUAUCCAACAAAGAACAAGUAUCUAGAAUAUAGAAAGAAGUCUCAAAACUCAGUGGUAAAAAACAGUCCAGUUAUAAAAUGGGCAAAUGACGUAAAGAUUUUACCCAAGAGGAUACAGCACAGAUGGCAAAUGGGCACAUGAAAAGAUGAACAUGAUUAGCCACCAGGGAAACACAAAUUAAAACCACAGUGAGAUGUCACUACACAUCUAUCAGAAUGACUAAAAAUAAAAAAUUAUGACAACACCAAAUGCUGGUGAGGAUGCAGAGACACUGGAUUCCGCAUACACUGCUGGUGAGAAUGCACAAUGGUACAAUCACUCUGGAAAAUAGCUUCUUAAAAAACUAAACAUACACUUAUAAUAUGACCCAGGAAUUGCACUCCUGGGCAUUUUUUCCCAGAGAAAUGAAGCCCUGCGCUCACACAAAAAACCUGUAUAUGGGUGUUUAUAGCAGGGAUUGUAAGAACCCCAAACUGGAAAUAACCCAGAGGUCCUUCAACAGGUGAAUGGUUAAAUGAACUACAGUACAUCCAUAUCAUGGAAUACUACUUAGCAAUAAAAACGACUGAAGUUUUGAUAUAUGUAAAACCUUGGACAAAUGUCCACUUUCCUCCUUUGUAACAAGGAGGAGGUUGUCUCAAGAGCCUUCCUGUUUGGGAAUUCAGGAUACAGAUGAGCAGAGUGGGGCAGGAUGAGAGCAUGUUUGAAAGAGCUUAGGGAUUUUAUUUUACUUUAUUUUAUUUUAUUUUUUAGAACUUUUAGAGAUUCAAAAUAAUCAGAAGGAAGUGGCUUGAUGAAGGUCAACUGCCGUGCUUCAUGGGAGCCCAUUUUGGAAGCUGGGAACCCAGGAGAAGGGGAGUUUAGGGUAGGUGCAUUCUGUUGGCACAAGACGAAGUCUGCUCAGCUGUAGUGAACUUUCAGGUUGUUGCUUUCUCACACUGAGAUGGGACAGGGUGGAUUUGAGGCCUAAACUGAAAGGAUUCUGUGUUCCCAGGAACAUAAGGAAAUAUCUUUGUUCUGAUACACAAAAUUAAGGGUUCAGGGCUUCCCUGGUGGCACAGUGGUUGAGAGUCCGCCUGCCGAUGCAGGGGACACGGGUUCGUGCCCCGGUCCGGGAAGAUCCCACGUGCCGCGGAGCGGCUGGGCCCGUGGGCCAUUGCCACUGAGCCUGCACGUCCGGAGCCUGUGCUCCGCAACGGGGGAGGCCACGACAGUGAGGGGCCCGCGUACCACACACACACACACAAAAUUAAGGGUUCAUCAGUCAAGGCAGCUAAAGAACUGGAGAGAGCCACAUUACCUCCUGAACACUGGGAACAAGGACAAGUCCAGUGUCAGAGCACAUUCAGCUGGUGUAACAGUAUUUGUCAUGUGAUUCUCAAGCAGGACCAGUGUCUGCAUUGUGUUCAGGCUAGGAAGUGAAGUACGCAGUUCAGAGUCCACGAAAACCUCCACAAGCUCAGUUGCUGCACGUAACGCACAAAGGUGGGAUUUUACAUCUGGGGCAGGAACCCCGCUGAAACCGGAAGCACGUAUUGCCACGUGGUCUAAUGGGAGCAUAGGUAGGGUCUCCCAACAGCCAAUCCUAGUGCCAGGAGUGUUUAGGAGGCGUAGCCGCGGAGAGACAGCGGCCAAUGGCAGAGAGGUCCGUUAAUAGAGUGAGGGCAACGGCGGGUGAGGGGAACAGAGUACAGCCGCCAGGGGAGGCUGAGGAGCUCUAGGCAGUUCGGUGGUCAGACUGUUCACGUGAACUGUAGCGGUACUUCAGCCACCAAACUUCGAUUCUCGCCCGCCCUUAAACAUCAUGGGAGAUUCACAGAGUGAGCAUCAGCGGAUGUUACGACGCCACAGCCGCGAGAAGACAGAGCUGCAGGCCCACAUUCAGGGCAUGAAGAGCUCGAUCCCCAAGAGCGACAAGCAGAGAAGAAAGCAGUUGCUCCUCGAUGUGGCUCGCCUCGAGGCCGAGAUGGAGCAGAAGCACCAGCAGGAGCUGGAGAAGUUCCAGGAGAGUUUCCCUGAUAACAGCAGCCUCGAUUCUGUCACUGAAGAUCUGGCCAAGCUGGAUCUCGAGAACAAGCCUCCUCACCUCUGGAGGGCACAGAGAAAGCACAAAAGAAAGGAGGCCUUCAAUAGAGAAAGCCAGGAUUGGAUGGACAAGGCUGAGAUGGAGCAUCUGGCCAGCUUGCGCCAUGACGAGGAAAUGAAGCUCGGCGCCAUCCUGCGGGCCAAGCAUCUGGAGGUGAAGGAUAUCCCGGCCGACGACCACUGCAUGUACCGCGCCAUCCAAGACCAGCUGGUGUUCUCCGUGACCGUGGGGAGCCUGCGGAGGCGCACCGCCGAGUACAUGCGGCAGCAUGUCGACGACUUCCUGCCCUUCUUCAGCAACCCCGAAACCGGCGACGCCUGCAGCCGCGACGACUUCUUGAGCUACUGCGACGACAUCGUGUUCAGCGCGUCGUGUGGAAGCCAGCUCGAGCUGAGGGCCCUGUCGCACGUCCUGCAGACCCCCAUCGAGGUGAUCCAGGCCAACUCGCCCGCCGUCGUCAUCGGAGAGGAGUACACCAAGAAGCCGCUCACCCUGGUCUGCAAGCAGUACUCUUACAGCAGCGCAGAGCACUACAACUCGGUGAAGCCACUCGACACCGGCUCCGGCGGGAGCGUGGCCCGGCGUCUCAUCUAG